AUGAUGAGCGCCGCCUUCUCGUCCUCCUUCAUCGAUCAGCGUCCGUCAGCGUUCGGCGGCGCUCUGCAGCGUUUCACUCUGCCUCCCUCUGCUGGUCGCUGUGAGGAGCGCAGCGUCCCCUUCAUCUUCUACCCCCCGAGCAUGGGGGCCCCUCUGAGGGGCCCCGGCCUCCUGCCCUACCUGGCCCCUUUUCACCAUCACGGACACUUCAGCGUGUACGAGUGUCCCUUUGAGCCGGCGUUCAUCCAGAAGAGGAACGAGCGCGAGCGUCAGCGGGUGAAAUGUGUGAAUCAGGGUUACGCCAAGCUGAGGGAGCACCUGCCGGGUCAGAGCGCCGACCGCCGGCUCAGCAAGGUGGAGACUCUACGCGCCGCCAUCAGGUACAUCAAAUACCUGCAGGGCCUGGUGGAGACCCCCACCUCAGAGGCUCCAGCAGCAGACUGUGGAGGAGAACCUCCACCUGCAGGAGGCGUUGAGGAGCUCACAUGUCUGACAUGA